AUGUCUAGCAACGCUCCUCUCCUCCGUCUGGUCAGCACCGCGACCAAGUCUCGCAACAAAAGCCCCCCCAAAUACAACCUGCAGAUCUCCUGCCAUGUGAAGCCCAACGCGUCGAGCCAGCGCGAGGGUAUCGCUGCCGUAGGCGCCGACCAGGUGGAAAUCUGCGUGGCUGCACAACCCAAGGACGGCGAGGCAAAUGCGGCGGUGACAAAGGUCAUUGCAGAGGUGUUCGGCGUCCCCAAGUCCAACGUCGAAGUCCUGCGCGGCGGCAAAACUCGCGACAAAACGCUCUGCAUUACCGAUCUGGACAUUGGCAAGGACGGCGAGGAGAGUUUUCUCCAGAAGGCCCAGCGAUGCGGUUGGAGGCCUGGCAGCUGCAUGCUGGAUGUUGCUAUUAUUGGGGCGGGUAUCUCCGGACUGGUCGCUGCAAAGCAGUGUCUGGACGAAGGAUUCAUCCCCACCAUCUUUGAAAAACGCAACAGAAUUGGUGGCCAGUGGGCGUACGAAGACCCCGACCCGGCCACCGGAGAAACCCCUUCAUCGGUGUAUCACGGCGUCAUCUCGAACUCGUGUCGGGAUACCUCCAACUUCAGUGACUUUCCCAUCGAUCCGUCUCGAUAUCCCGACUACUACGGCCACGAGCUGUUCCUGCGAUACAUCCAGUCGUACGCGGAUCACUUUGGGCUCGAAAACUACGUCCGGUUCAACGCCAAUGUCGAGCUGUGUCAGCAGCUGUACGACGGCCGAUGGCAGGUCACGUACACCGAACAUGGCGCCGGACCAGUAAACGACAGCUACGAUGCGCUUUUCGUCUGCACUGGGAAGUAUAGCCACCCGAAUGUCCCGAUCUUUAAGGGAAUGGAAAACUUUCGUGGAAGCAUCCUCCACAGCAAGGUGUACCGCCGACCCGACGGAUAUUCCGGGUUGAAAGUCGCCGUAGUUGGGUUUGGGCCGUCGGCGGUGGAUAUCGCGUCCGAGCUUUGCGGACAAGCCAAAGAAUGCCAUCUCAUCACUCGACGGGGGGGCUGGGUUAUCCCGCGCUACGUCCUGGGUAAACCGGCGGAAGCGUGGCAGAGUCGCUUCACGCAAAGUGUCCUACCGAUGUCCUUGGUGCAGUGGGCCAAUGCCCGGUUGUACCAUUUUGUAAUGGGGGACAUUCCAGCCGCACUCAGACCCGACCACGGGAUCUUGGAAUCCAACGCGGUGCUCCGGUCUGACUUUAUAGAGAAUGUCAGAACGGGGCGCAUCACUGCUCACCGGGCCGAGAUCGAGCGGUUUACUGCGACAGGGGUGCUCCUGACCAACGGGAAGCUGCUGGAGCUCGAUGCGGUCAUUCUGUGUACCGGGUAUCGGAUCGACUAUCCUUUCAUCUCCGAAGAGUGCUAUCGCGCGGAACGCAGCAACUUUAUCGAUUCACCAAACGCGGUGCAUCUGUACCGGCUGACGGUGCCUCCGCACUAUCCCAAUCUGUUCUUUUUGGGUCUGCUCGAGUUGCUGGGGCCGAUCCACCCGGCGGUUGAAUUGCAGGCGCGCUGGGCGACGGCGGUGUUGGUGGGGAGGAUCAAACUUCCAUCUGUUGAAAAGAUGGAAAAGGCCAUUGCGGCUUCGGAGAAGAGACGAGCUCAGCGGUGGGUUCGAUCGGACCGCCAUGCGCAAUCCGCCGACCUGCUCGAGUAUUGCGAUUCUCUGGCGCGGGAUCUUGGCGUGGACCCGAGCUUUUGGCGGCUGGUUUCGAGGAUCUUCACGUCAAAUCCGCUGCGUGCAGCGGCUGUUCUCAACUACGUGUACUUUGGCAUGAUUACCAGUGCUCAGUACCGUCUUUUUGGUCCCGGAAGCAAGCCGGACCUGGCCACGGCGACGAUUCUGCGACUUGGGAGGGGGGAGCGCAGGCUGAGUGAGGCCGAACAGGCCGCUUUGCGAGCGGACCUGGUGCGGGAGUUGAACGCACGGAGACCUCCGCCACAGCGUUGA